AUUUCCUAAUUUGAAUGAAGCAUAAAAUGUUACAAGAAAUAGUGUUUUUUUUCGAAUGUCUUACAUAUCCGCUUCUUUUAAAUGCAGUGCAGGUUUUCUAUUGUGAUCAUACCGUUGCGCAUUGCGAAGCGAAAUCGUACCGAACACUACAGUAUUAAUCCAGAUUAAAGAGUCAAUCAUUUAUUACAAUAUAUAUCGUAAUGUUUUUUAUGACAUUUAAAAGUUUACUUAAUUACGUGUCAUCAAAGAAUGUAUUUUUAUAAAACGACUAGUUGGUUAUUCGGAAGAUCUAGAAUUUGUGUAGCAGCUGAUGUGUAAAGAUGGCCAAGCUUAAUACAAACAAACAGUGACCAACGAUAUAUUAAUUUGAUAGCCUUCCCUGUAUGUAACAAGUAACUGCUAAGAAAGAUUGUUGCUAUCAGAAAUGGCAUAUGAUCCACGUAAUGUAAAAUAUUCAUCGGAGAUGCAUAGCCAUCAACAUGACCAGCCUAACAUGACCGGAUAUACAUAUUCUGGGCACUCUGCACAACAUGUUCAACAAACAGAUGAAAAUAGAAACGAGAACAAUUAUGGAAAUAAAGAAACUUGCACGCAAAUAUCUCAUCAGUCCUCUGGUACACAGACUAUUCAAAAAGUAGAUGCAGCAACCAUGACUGAUCCUCUUCAAAUAGACUUUAGACUUACCUCAGAGUAUUUAGCACGAUGUUCUAGUACAUUGGGGUUACCUUAUGUAUCCAAGUACGAAGAAAAUAUUACUAAUUCAACUCACAAGUAUCAAGAGAUUCGGCCUAAGAUUGAAUUUGAGGUUGAACCGCAACAUAUCAAUGGAUUGUUAAUUUAUCAGUGCCCAGAAUGUGCGUACAGAUUUGAAGAUCAAGAAGCGUUACACGAACAUGUCGAGGAUCACAGGCAACGGCCUCACAUCUGUGAUAUUUGUGGUGCGAGUUUAAAACGGAAAGAACAUUUAGAUCGUCACAAACAGGGACACAAUAAGAACAGACCUUAUCAGUGUAACAUGUGUUGUAAAGCAUUUAAACGAAACGAACAUCUCGCUCGUCAUAUGAUUAUUCAUUCAGGUAGCAAAAAUCAAGUUUGUACAGAAUGUGGGAAAGCAUUUUAUAGGAAAGAUCACUUAAAGAAACAUUUGCAAAGUCACAACAGUAGUAGAAGUAAAAUUCAGAGCAGUUCACAGAGCACCAGUCAGAAUAACGGUGAAGAAGGAUUGAGUAAUUUUGCGAUGAUAAUGAGGCAAACCGGACCACCUCCGUUUUCUAUUUUGCGAACUUAAUAUAAUUUUACUUUAAUCGUAAAGCAAAGUUGUUUUAUAAUUUAGACAAUUUAAGCGAUCGAUGCAGCGAGCGUUAUUGAAAAACACUUUCACGAUUAUAAAUAGAGUAGUUGUUAACAGUUCUAAAUUUCCUAGUUAUCUAUUAUUAAUCUAAAGAUACUACUUUCAGAUAUAUUCAAAGAUCGGCCCUAAAAUAUUUCCGUACAUUCUGUUUUUUUUUUUUUU